AUGCGGAGCCUCAGGGAGGAGCUCGCUGGUAAGCCGUCCUCUCUGUGGUCUGGAGGUCCUCUCUGCGGGGCAUGCACUAGCUGCUGCUGCGGAGAAGAGCCCGCGCUGGGGGACGGCAGAGCCAUGGCGGAGGGUCCCACUCACCUGCUGGAGGUUUGCUGUCAGAAACUGUCCGAGUUCUUGUGCACUGUUGAGCACAAGCACUUGGUAUGGCUGCGGGAAAUUGAGGAGGAGGCCAUGAAGAUGUUCGAUAGCAACUUAAGCGCUGAACCUGAGCUGAUGCCCAAAACACCAUCACAGAAGAAAUAUCGUAGGAAGAAGCGCUCGUUAUCUCUUAAGGAUGAGAACAAUGAACUGACCAGAAAAAGGUUAUCGAGAAGGAGAAGCAGCCUCAAGCCAGCAUCCUCUAAGCAAGUUUCCCAAAGGCUCCGAAGCAAAGAGGGACUGGAAAAACCCAGUGAUGUUCAACAGGGAGUCAAUGCUUCUUUUUCAACAAAAAGAUUCCACUCCAAGGUUGAAACGGAGUUUCCUGCUUCAUUGGAGGCAGUGGCUGAGAAACCAACAAUCUUGUUAGUAGAAGGGCGGGUUCCCUUAACGGAAAUCAGUGUCGACAACCGCAGUGGUGCUGACUUGUAUUUGAAGGGGAAUAGGCCUGAAAUAAUCGACCAGGCCUUGGAGGUCAUCUCCCUGAGUAUAGAUGACCAAGCUCCCAAGGAGCCUAAGGUUACUGAACUUCAGCCUAUGUCUGCAGCCUCAGCACUGGUGAUCCCUGACACUCCUGUGGCAAAGGGGACAGGAGAAGACAGGGGUGAUCCCAACUUUAGAAUAGCAAAUACAUCCACGCCAAAAGCUCCUGUAAAUGGGGAGCCUGGAGAUGAGAAUGUUUCUGCUCAGGGGCCAGAAAAGGAGCUUUUCCAGGAUUUAAAGGACAGCACAGGGACCUCAACAAGCUCCAAAUCGAGCCGUCCCUCUACACGCAGAAGUCAGAGGGGUAAGUCCCAUAAGCACCGCAGGACCUCGCUAGCAGAGAAGUAUUCUCUGGCCAGCAAAAGAGAGAGCAUGAUCCGGAAAUCUAUCAGCAGGGCUAUCUCUAAGAAGAAGGCAGCUCGGGAGUCCUCUUCAGCCUCCAGCCAUGUGAGCUGCCAUAGCUCCCUGGAGGUAUUUGUGGAUGAAGAUGCAACCAGCAAUUUCAGGCCUGAACUGGAACCAAAUGCUGAAUGUGACAAGGCUCCAAAACACCUGCAGAAAACCUUCAUUAUUCCAAGUGAAGGCAGCCCUGUUGCAGAACUUUCAGCUCAGGCUGAACCACCAAAUGGGGCAGAGCAGCAGGCAGGAAAUUGUAACGAGAGCCAUUUGAAAAAGAGUAGCACUUCUCAGAGCAGAGGGAGAAGGGAGCAGCCCCAGAAUGCAAAGCCACUAGAACAGCCCUCGAGUAUCCGGAGACAGAGUUAUAAGCAAGCAGUGGAUGAGCUGUGUAAUGGGCAGCAGCUAGAAGACUGUGACCUCUCUCCUUCAUAUGAUAAGACCACUUCUUCUCCUGCCAGCAAGACUCUAGCCUCGCCCAGCCCAGCCAGCAAGGUCGUGCGUCCAUUCAAACACUUUUUGCAGACGGUGCAGAAGAACCAGCUGCUCGUGACCCCAGGGUCUGCGGGGCACAGUAGUGUCAUGAAAAACCUUAUAAAACGCAACACUCCUACCCGACCUGAUUCCAAGGGGGAUUUUGUUGAGAAGGAGCGCCAGCGGCUGGAGAGCCUGAGGAAGAAGCAGGAGGCAGAGCAACAAAGAAGACAGAAAGUGGAGGAGGAGAAAAGACGGCGCCUCGAGGAGAUGAAAUUGAAGCGUGAGGAGCGUCUGAGGAAGGCACUGCAGGCUCGGGAACGGGUGGAGCAGAUGGAAGAGGAGAAGAAAAAGCGGAUGGAACAGAAAUUCUCUCAAACUGAGGAGAAGAGCGAGAAGGUGCGAGAAGAGAAGGUGGUAGAAGAAAAGAUGAAGAAAAAAAUAGCUAAGACGGCUGGGGAUGUGGAGACCCGAAAACAGAAAGUGCUGCAGAUGGAGGAGGAUGAACGCAAGCAGCAGGAGCUACUGCAGAAGAGGAGAGAGGGUGAACAGCAGGACAAAGGGAGAAAGAUUGCAGAGCUGAAGAAACUGGCAGAGCAGCAACAGGUGGAACAGGCAAAGGAGAGGAGUCACAAACAGCAAGAGAAGGGGAAGGCCCUUCACCUGCAGAUGGAGCUGGCAGUGGUUACAGAGGAGGAGGAAAACCAAAAGAAGGAGGAACAGAGUCCAGAAGAGCAGGACCGGCAGCAACUGCAGGAAAAUAAAACCAAGCCACCAGAAUCUGUUGCUAUUGUUCCCAGUAAAUGGCUGAAUAUAACAGUGGAGAAAUCUCCUGUCUCUGACUCCUAUGAAAGGCCCCCUUUAGGCUCAAAAGAACCCAGAUUUCCCAAGGUAAAUCCAAAUAACUAUGGGCUGGAUCUGAACAGUGAUGACUCCACAGAUGAUGAAAGCCAGCCCCGCAAGCCCAUCCCAGUCUGGGCCACCGGGGCUCAGCUUAAUCAAGCUGUUACAUACCAAUACUACAACCCUCCAAAUAUCGAGACACUCUUCGGGCUGAUCAUAAGCCCUAAACUGGAGGACAUUUUCUACAAGAACAAGCCGCGAUAUUUCAAACGUACCAGCUCUGCUGUCUGGCACUCACCUCCCCUUCCCGGUACCAAGUCUACACUGGGCCUGCCCUACAAACUGAAAAAGUACUGAGGAAGGAGAGUGUCCCUCUUCUGUCCACUUGCCAUUUCCACAUUGUCCUGGUUUUUGUGUAAAGAAAAAAAAUCUUUUCUAAGAUCUGUUUUGGUUUUUUUAAUAUUUGCAUAGAAUAAAAGCUUAAAUAAAAGUUCAUGUUA